CGGAAAUUUUUUACCACAGUGGAGUGUGCAGUGAUUUACGGUGACGAAUAUGCAGCAAGUGGGCCCAAUAAUAACACACUUUUUGACUCUUUAUCUGCGUGGUUACCUUCACUCUUCAAAAACAUAUUUAUUAGGGAAAAAAUAACAAUAGUAUGAUUAUCGAGUUCCCACCCCCUUCCGAUUUGACUUUGUUUUAUUAACACAAGAGAAACAAUUUUGAUACAUUCAUGUGAACCGUCCAUCAGCUCAUGAAUCGCGUCUUUCUAUUUGCUUAGUUUUAUAACAUUGAUUCACUGCAUCUACAAGUGUGCAGGAAUAUCACAAACAAGUUACUUACUCGCUCAAUCAAGCUAAGUAUCUAGUCGGGUUGUUUUGUAAUAAUAAGAAAGGUUAGUUGAAGUAAGGCGAAUUCUAAAAUAAUCCUUGUCAUGUUUUUCCUAACAAAAAAAAAAACAUCACUUCUCUUUUCUUUUCUCCUUCUAGCAUAUUAGGAAACACUUUUCCCUUUAUAAUAUUCUUUUUUUUAUGACCUUCAACGACACACUACUCCCACUCUUGAACGGCGUAAAAUUUUUUUCAUCGUGUAGCCUUCAGCCAUCACCUUCCACCUUGACGACUUGAAUAGUCUUCCUAGAAAGUUCAACGGCACUCACCCAUUCAAUGGUAUGAAUCUUAUUAAAGUGUUUUUCAACUAAAACAACAUUUUUUUCUGUUUUACUUUGAUGAACUUUCUAUUCAAUGCUAAUUUUUUUUUUGGUGAAUAAACCAAUUGUUUCGCACAAAAAACGUCAUUGCUACUUUUACCUUAAAGCAUUCGUUAGAAAAAAAGGCUGAGUGUCCACAGAUCUAGCUUUGACUUGAAAUAGAAAUAUCUUCACGAUUGGGUUUAACCCUAUCUCUGCUUUUUUAGUUUUAGAGGGUUCCAACACUACAUUUUCUUUCUUCUAGCAGCACCUUCUCAGAAGAAAAAAAAAACUUUGGAUGUUACGAAGAUCAAUCGAAAAGACACAGUUUUCAUAUAAAAUUUCAGAGGAUCACAAUUUUCUUGAUAACCAAUUUUCAACUUAAAGUACCAAGUGAAUCACAACACGCGUGUGUUGUUCCAGGGCCACAUGAACCUCCCAAGUCACCCCUAUAGUACAAUCGCUCGAUCAAAACACUACCUAAUUUAUUGAGAGGGAUGGCCCCAGGUCUUAUCAAGUGGUAACUCAGUUGAGUACAAUUCGUCCACAAACAAGAAAAUUCUAUCCUAUAUAAGGGCGAAUCACUUGUAUUUCAUACAGAAUUCAUGAAAAACAUUAGUUUAAUUCAAAGAGCCCUUCUGCGUUAGCGUAGACAACUGAGAAAAAUACCGACCCAUCUUUAGAUUGACACUCUCCCAAUCACCAACUUUUUGCUUUAACUGCGUCGUACUACAAGCAACUUCUUAGGCAUAUCUAACAACAACUACACUUUGUCAAUACAAAUUCAAAAAAGAUACCGUAAAACGAAAAUUGUCGUCUUACGUUUUUUUUAAUGCACAAGCACACAAGACUCAUUAAGCUACUUUCAAAUUGGAUGUAUUGUUUAUGUGGAUCCCUUGUUUUCCUUUUAAUUGUCUGAUGCGUUAGGGGCUUGAGAGCACACUAGUCACAUUUUCACAAGCUCUUGUAAAGGUAUUGCUACCAUAUUGUGUUUCAAGCAACAAAUGCUGGUUUGGUUAAAAGACUGUAGAAUAUUCAAAGGCUCUAAUCAAUAGCGCUACUUUUUGUUUUCACGAAAAAAUUAGCUCCUCGGAAGCUUGUAGAAAAACUUACAAGUAAAACAUUCAUAAAAGACUUUAAAAACAAAGUGAACUCUUUUUAAUAACUUUUUACAAUUCGUUGGGUUAAAAUGUCUUUAAAGUACUGAGAAGACAUAAAGAGAACAGGAUUCAUGAAUUGUCAUUCAAGAAGAUUUUUUUUUUUUCCCUUCAACAAUAUAUUAAAAAUGAAGUUUUCAUUUUCAGGAGAGUAUAAAAUUUAGGAUAGAUGGUGUUGACUUUUUUUUUUGUAUAGUACACAAACCCUCCAAAAUAGGACGAAUACAACAACUGUCCCGCUUGUGCAUUGAACUACUAGGACCAAUUGUUACUAUGACUUUUUCUGUCUUUAAAAUGUUGGAAUUUUUGUGUGAAUUGGUCAAGGUCGGGUGUUCUGGACAAUGCAUUAAAACAUUGUUUUAAGGACUAUUAGAAAAAAAUAUUUUUUUUUUCUUAACCAUCGGUUUUUUACCCGAAAUACCCGCUUUUAAGUUUCGAAUAAUAAUGAAUGUUUUUUUGAGGUUUUUGUAAAUGCGUUCUUUUCAUAAAGUAAUACCAUUUGAGGGCACAUGUUGUAUUCGUUUUUGACUUUCCUUAAGGGUGUUAAUUAAGUGAAAUUUUUUUUAAAAGUUACACAAAGUCAUAAUUCCCAUUGUUGACUCAAAUUGUGCUCGUAACGUCAUCACAAAAUACCUUGGGAGCUAUUUAGUUAAGAUUCGUAGUGACAGUGGUGUUUUUUGUUUUAGGUGAUUUUAGGUUUUUUUUUUUUUAUUACUUUUUAAAAACAACCAGUUAAGCUUUUGGUUUUUUUUUCCCCGUCAAUUGCAAACGGAUUUUAAAUGCACCUAAAGCAGACGAUACAAUUCAGUUGAAAUGACCAGUCAAGAACAGGCGACAGCCGCUGCAGCCGCUAUGGCGACUAUGGCGGUGGGAGGUAUUGCACCAACAGAUCCACGUCUCCAACCUUUUAUGCGAAUUGCGAAACAAGAAUGGAUUGAUUUACGCGUUCGCGUCCUUGUCUCUAAUGGCAUGUCCGAAACAGUGGCUCGACAAGAAGUUCAAAGAUCGACCCCUGUCGAUCAACGUUAUUUUUUCGGUCCAGCUCUUAUGAAAUAUAUUGCUAGUUUAUCAAGUUAUCAAUCCAAUUUAAGUGUGUCAAUUCCUAAAUACUCUUCAGCAAAUGUUGAUCCUUUGCAGCAACACUACCCACUACAUACUCCUACACCUUUCACCAAUGCAUCUUCAUUUGGUUCUUUAGUCACCUUACAAAAUUCGAAUAACGCUAAUUCACAAAAUGUCACUGGUAAUGUGGCUACAACGUCUCUGAAUUAUACACUCGCCGAGUCCACGGAAACACCAUCCAAUGUUCUUAAUUUAUCCUCACUGCAACGUUUGCUCACAAAAACACCCAAACCACAUACGGACGUAACACCAACAAAACCCAAAAUAAAUAAUGUUUUAGCGCCUCCGAGCACAUGUACAGCUAACACAAAAGGAACAAGAUUUGAUAUACCUUUGGAUACGUUUCAAACACCACCAGUGACAUUUAUGCAACCUAACAAUACCACUACAGCGGGAUUAACAAAUCCUCUCCAUACUUCAACAAUUUUGCAACAAUUAGAUAAAGCACUUCAACAGUGGACGUAUUGUGUUUAUUCUGUACAUCAUACUCCACCCGUCACAAUCAAUGGAAAAGCUUGGCGAUCCUCUCUGUUUCAAUUUGUUAACUUUUAUGUAGCUUAUGCAAGACAAAUGGUUGUUCAGCAACAACAAGCUGAGUGUUCCAUGGUGACAGACGCGGCUUUAAUUUUUCCUACUUGGUUGACAUCCUGCCGUUUACCUACAGUAGAACAAGUCUUAGAACCGCAAAAGUUUUUAGCUGCCGUGACCGCAACGUCUCUGGACACUUCGCACAGAUUAAAGCCGCCACCACCACCAUCACGUUUAAAUGAUUUCGUGCCACCUCCACCGUGCCCUUUAAUGCAAAAAAGUGAAUAUGCGAAUUCCGAAGAUCGCCAUUUAAAACAAGGACCUGAAUUAUCUCCAGUUUCAUCUUCAAGGGGUUCGAACGAUAUCAUGUCACCUAAACACCAAUGGGGUCCCAAAGGGACUUGUAAACGGAAAAAAAAAGAUAAAAAACAUGGCCGCUCGAUUUGUACAGUGUCUCGAGGUUCAUCAUCUAUGAAAGAGUCAAAUGAUUCUUCUUUAGAUGAAUCACCUAAAUGUCUUACAGUUGCUGUUAAUAAUGAUGUGAGAAGAAAACAACCCCAGGUUUUAAAUUCACAGUGUUCAAGUCAGUAUAUGAAAGAUUUUCCUGAUAUUCUAAAUGAGGAGACUUUGUCUCUUCAUGCAACAGUUGGGAAGGAAAAAAAGCACAAAAAAGGGUUUCAUGGGAAAAAAAAAUUUUUAACUGUUGAACCCACGUUACUUCAAGGGAAAGAAGCCUUAUUAUUUCACGCUGAGGAACAUCGAAAAAGAGAAGAUCGGUCUCGGCGUUUUUUUGCUACUGGUUUCAACGGAAAGGAUGCAUUGGAUAGUACUCAAUCUUGUCAGGAGAAUGUCGGAAUGGUUUCGGUGGAAGGAUUACGCAUGAUGACUUGGCAAGAAAAACUACAAAUGCUAACGAGUGUUGAAAAUGUUGUAGGAAAAAGUCAAUUAUUAGAAAAAGAAUAUUUACGUCUUUGUGGGCCACCCGACCCCGCACUUGUACGCCCUGAACAUAUUUUAAAACAAUCUUUUUCGUACUGUCUUGAGAAAUGGGAAAAUGGACAAAAUUAUCGAUUUAUCGAAGAACAAUUUCGCUCAAUUCGUCAAGAUCUUAUGGUGCAAGGCAUCAAAAAUUCUUUUACUGUUCUUGUGUAUGAAACCAAUGCAAAAAUAGCAUUAAAAAAUUUAGAUUUAGGCCAAUUCAACCAAUGUCAAACACAAUUGCAUGAAUUAUAUAAACAGUUAUCGUUUGAUAUGAAGGCUAAGGAAGAAUUUCUUUGUUAUCGUUUACUUUAUUUGACAUUAACAAAUAUGAAUCAUGAUCUUUUAAAAUUGCUUGGUGAAAUCACAGUAGAAGAAAAAAACCUACCUGGAAUAUUAUAUGCCGAUUGCUGCCGCCGUGCUCUUGUGGAAGGAAAUUGUCAUCGAUUUUUUCGCUUAUUUAAAAUUGGUCCUUUUUUAACUUCCACAUUAAUCUCUAUUUUCAUAAACAAAUUACGAAUGACUUAUUUAGUCAUUUUGUCUCGAGCGCAUUAUGAUAUUUCUUUAAGCUUUUUACAAAAAGAACUCAUGUUUGAUUCUUUGAAAGAAUGUCGUCAAUUUUUACAAGACAAUAAUGCAGUGUGGAGAAAUGAAGAACAAACGUCUUUAGAUGCUCGAAAAUCUGUAUCUCACUUUGAGAUAUCACCUUUGCUUCAAACGCGAAAAGUAAACGCUUUAGGUUAAAAAAAAAGUAUUUAUUUUUUUUUAAUUUGUUACUAUCCACUAUUACAAAAUUAAAUUUCAAAAGAAAAAAACAUUUUUUAAAGCUUUUAAUAUAUUGAAAACCUAUUGAUGUAGUUACAAAAAAGAAACUCAUAUUAUGCUACUUAA